ACACACACGCCUCGUAGCCUGGUAGUGCCACCAUGCCCCCCGCCCAGUGAGCCAUGUCUGCCCAAACCGCCCUCCCCGCCGACCAUGACCCUUUGCCCCCGGUGCCAGACUCGGGAGCCUUGGAGCCCAAGAAGAAGAAGCACAAAAGUGGCACUCUGCGGCGGGCACUGAGCUGGCUAAGGGGGCGCAAGAAGAAAAAGCCGGAGGCCAAGCAGCAGGAGAGCAAAGAUAACUCAAUACCUGAUGGCCAUUCACAACCCAUUCCAGCGCCGGAGGAAGAGUCUCCUGACAAUGCAUUCUUCCCCAGCAGACGUACCGCUCUCCUGGAAGACAUCCACAGCCAAGCUCAGGAGGGGCUCAAGUCCUUGCAGAGGAGAGGUAAAGAAAACAAAUCCACAUGUCCCUUAACUGAUGUCAGUGAGGAUGCUUUCCGUACUCGCUCUCUUUCUUGCUCCACAGAGAAUACAGAUGAUGCAAUGUCCGUUCGUUCAGAGAUGAUCCAGCGAAAAGGCUCCACAUUUAGGCCUUAUGACUCCCCCAGUUGGUCGUCAGGCAAAACAAGAAGGCGACGCAGAGAGAAGAGAGCAACUGUUGUAGGAGUUCCACAGCACAUUGCAGCAGAACUUGGUCUCCAUACACCUUCCUUUCAUCGUGGGAUUCAUGAACUGUUUUCCAAAGGAAAAAAUCAACCAAGUGAAAAGGCAGCUACAGCGUCAACAGUGAAUGGGGUCCAGCGAGACGGGGAAGAGUAUGUGGUUAUUCCUACAGUUGAUGGUAUGCCUGCUGAAGCCCCACACAAUGGAGCUCACAUUUCAUUGGCUGCUCUAGAGCAAACAGAAGCUGCUUUACAACGACACAUAGAAAAGGUGUAUCAAGAUGACAGUUACAUUGGUUGGAAGACUGGUCAGAAGAUAUCCCCACUCCUCAUUCGUCCAAAGUCUGUAGCUGUUCCUGGCAUGACUACACAUUCAUUCCAGAGUGACCCAAUGAGUCCUGUCAUGUCUAUGUCACCUCAAGCAACCUACAUGUCUAAAAUCAUUCCAAAUGCGGUUCUUCCUCCUUUAGUUGAUGUGGUUGCCUUGAGUCAAUCGAGUGUCCGAACAUUAAGCCGGUGUAGCCUUGCUACAGCAAGUCCUGCUUCGAUCCGUGGCUCAUUGCAUCGGGGAAGAGGUAUGUCUACAUCUAGUGAAACAUGGAGCCGUUCACAGUCCACAGAGACUAUAGUUUCUGAUUCUUCCACUAUAUCCUCUCGAGGAGGUGAGAAUAUGUUAGAAGUAAGUGAAAAGCAUGAAUCAGGACUAAGCACUGGCCGGGCAUCACCAGCCCUUAGCACAGGUACUCAAGAUGGAUCUGAUGCUGCCAGUCUGUGCAGUGGUCGCUCAUCCGUUCGUAGUGUUUCAUUGCGAAAAAGCAAAAAGGCUCCUCCACCUCCUAAACGCACCUAUUCAUUACAGCAGCAGAGGGAAAUGGGACUUCCCCCCAGGCCAGAGAAAAAGCCCUUAGCCAAGACCAGUAAUACACGAGACCCUUGGGUUCCACGAACAGAGAAAGCAACAGUAGAAAAUGAGGUGUUUCUGCCAAAAGUAAGCUCACCUACGAAAUCUGAUCGAACCUUGUCUCCAUCCAGUGGUUACUCUAGCCAGAGUGGGACACCAACAUUGCCUGUCCGUUCACUUCUUGAGUCACCAAGUACUCGUAGGAGAACCCCACCCAAACCAGAAAGAUCCAGUCUUAAGUCAGCAUCGAACAUAAAUGCAAGCUCUUCCUCUGCUGAAAACAACACUCCGCUAUUUGAUAGUCCCCCAGGAGCUGGCUCAUCCAUGGGAGACCAAGAUAGGCAAGGUAUAAUUCCCCCACAUCCAAAUGUACCAGCCCCUACUUGCCCACCACCCAUUCAAAGUAUUGACUUCCUGGCAACCCCGGUUGUAACUCCUGCCCCUUCUCCACCCCCAUCUCAUCACCCCACACCACCACCUGUACGAAAGUCAGAGUCAGAUGCUGAGAUUCCACCAUCAGCAUCAGAAGGAGCAACACAAAAAGAAUCCUUGUGGCCUCCACCUCCUCCAGAGGUACCUGAUGUACAGGACUUGUCUAUGGCAGAUUUCCCACCUCCCGAAGAGGAAGUAUUUUUGCCCUCACCACCAUCUUCACAACCAGUUAGUGCUAGUGUCACAAGCCUGACUGUCUACAGCAAUGAUAACAAGAAGACAACUAAAGCAGAAAAGCCUCUCUUGAUCUCCAAGAAUGAGAUGCCUUUGGAUAUUGUUGAAACACAAACUAUUUCUGUGCCUUUAACAAAUACAAAUGCUCCAGAUACAACUAUAUCUAUUAAUUCAGAGACACCAACUGCAUCUGUGCUUUACUCUGAAAAUAACGUUCAACAGCCUGCAGUGUCUACCACAACAGAAGCAGUAGUAGUGCCCUCAGCAGCAGUUCAUUCAGAGGAAAGUUUGAUACCAUUAAUAGAAUAUAAGCCACAUUUUGUUACCACACCAUCAGCAGAAAUUGCUGAACCUAAAGAACAACUUGAAGUUAGUGCACCACAGAACAUUUCAAGGGAUCCAUCCAUACGCCAGCAGGAGCCUAACGUUUCCACUGAUAAUUCUGCAAGCACUGUAUCACAAUCUACUGUGGACUCCUCUGCAUCUAUAAUGCCAUCACCUGCUGUUACCACUAACAUAGCCCUUUCACCUUCAGGAGGGUCUCCGCUUCCCCUUUCAAAAGUGUGGAAGCCAGUCAGUGCUCCAAGCUCUAGAAAGCUGUCAAACAAUCAAGGAACUGCAGCUCAACCAAAAGAAGAUGCAAGCUUGCCUAUAGUAACACCUUCCUUGCUGCAGAUGGUUCGUUUGCGAUCUGUGCAAGCCAGGGGCCCACAGAUUCCAUUUCCUUCUGGAAUUCCUGCUCCCCAGAAACCUGUGCGCAAGUCAUUGUCUAUCAGAUCCUCUCAGGGAUCUGAUUCAUCCCAAGGUGAAAGCCCUACACAACCAUCUCCCAGUCCACAAAAACCACCAGAUUCCCCAUCUGCAAACAAAUCAUCAGCCUCUGCAGCUAGUUUUGUAUUUUCCAGAGGAUCUAAGAAGUUUGUGUUUGAGCCUCAAGUUUCACAAGAUGAAUCCUCACUAAAAAGGGAGUUGGUAGCAGAACUCAAAUCCCAAGGAGGACCACGCAGCCCAGAUGGAAAACCCCCACUACAGCGUAAACCUAGUAAAAUCCCCCCACCCGUAGCAAGGAAGCCAUCAGUAGGAAUACCUCGGACUCCUACAAGCCCUUCAAAUACUACAGGGGGCACAAGUGGCAAUGUAGUCACACUACAUGACGCAGUAUCAGUUCCUUCUUUGUCUGGAACUAGUGCAAGUGGAACACUGGAAAACCAUGAGCAGCAGGACAAAAGCCCAAUGGAACAAGCCUAGACCUGUUGGGAACACAACUAUAAGUUCUGACGUCUCAGGGACACCUUUGCGAUGCUCUGCGAGACUCCAAACUACUGGAUUGACAAGAUUUGCCUUAACUGUGUAUAGCCUUGGUAUUUAUGCAACAGUUGGUGUUGGUUUUCAUUUUAAUGAAUCAGAAGUUUGCAAUCUUUUCCUUGGACCACUGUAAUGUUUAAUUUUAAGGACAGCAGUGCCACCUGGUGGAAAUCUAGGCACCUGACAGUCUGCAUGUCAACACCCGUGGUACUGAACCUCUGAAGAGAAUUUCAAUGCACAUAGCUGUAUUUUGGUGUAAAUGUAAUUUAUGCAACAUGCUAGACCAGUUAGGCUGGCAUUGUAUAUCAGAAGUUUAAGCACAUACAAGUCACAUCUCGUCUCAGAAGUCUUAAAAAAAAGAACCUACUUCAGCUUAGGAUUUUCCACAAGAGAGCAACAAUCAGCACUUCUUUCUAUAACACUGCAGCUAGACCUGUGGUGCCCACACACGCCUUGGUGCCAUUCCAGCUCCCU